AUGGCAGAACCCAGCCAGGCCAUUUCAGAACAGAAAAGAUACAACUUUCUAGCCUCAACUACUUCCGAGGACGUUGUUGACUCUGUUGAUGAAAUCGCGCGACUUAAGAAAGAGCUCGACAUUAUCAAGAAUGUGGCAAGUAUUUCCAAUAACCCCUUUCGAAUGGCUGAGCUCGCCAUUGAGAUUCAGAUCGAGCGCCUACGCGUCGUUGAGAUCUCCAAAGCACGCGACGCCGCACUGCAGAGGCUGGCCGAUGUUUAUGUCUCCGUUCGCCAGAAGAACGAGUUGAUUGAACAACUGCAACGUGAGAAAGGCGGCGAUGGUGGCGGCGCCGGAUUGCUUUCUGGCAGUCAGCUCUCGAGGGCUCUCAAUAGCGCUGAAGUCGAUGAUUUGAAGGCGCAUAUAUCUGAUCUGGAAAAGACGAUUGAGGAUUUGCGAGUGAUCAUCCGGCAAUCAGCUGGGAGGCCAUGUAUGCCUGUCAGGAGCAACGACCCACCGCCUUCAUACGAAGAGAAUCCAGGAAAGCGAUCCGUGGAAAUGGGAACGCAGACGGAGCCCGAAGAGACUCCUACUAUAGUGGAUGUCAACAACUAUAAACCUGGGGAUCCAGAUUUCAAGUACAUGCCACCUGAGACAGAUGACCCUAUCGAAUUGGCAAAUGCUAGAAAUUUGACUCUGGCUUCCAUCCCUCUGCCACCGAACCCUCCGGACGCUACACUGAGUGCCAUCGUCAUCCCACCUCCGUUUACAUUGCACGAAUUCCUCAACGGAGCCCCAGCAACCUUACGGAACGCGAGCAGUUUAUCGAAUUAUAGGAUCCUUCAUAAUGUGACUACACUUUGGUGCCCUGAGCGUGAAGAACAUGGCUAUAUGUACACACCAGUCUAUAAAUGCAGCACCAACCCUAGGAUUGCAACAGCGCAUCGAUGGGCCCCAAUGGAUGUCAUCGGUCGCAUGAGCAAACCUACUGAAUGUUUUUACAACAAAGAGGGAGUAUGGUAUUAUGCUGGAUCAUACAAGGCGUUCAGGCUGGAUAACCUCUCGACCAAGGAGUGGAUGCAGUUGCCUUCAGAGACCAUCUCUGCCAUCAUCAAAGAGACGAUUUCGGGAAGAAAAAACUCAUCUCCACAGAACACAUAUGAAACUUCACAGCUUUAUGCUGCAGGUGCUUUGAAGGUUGCUUGCGUUGGUCUGCAAUGUGUCGGCUUCAAUCAGGAAGUCUACAAAUCCAUCAUCGAUCAUUCUAUUAAGUUCAGCGAAACUAAGUGGAAGUCUCUUGCGUCAGCCAGUGUCUCUAGUCCGCUCACCCCUCAGUCGACACAUGCCAGUACCGCAGGCACGCCGUCUCCCGGGGUGAAGACACCUGUUGUUUCCCGACACAUGCACCGUACGCCGAAUUAUCUUGGGUCUGGAAACUCUUCUGCUGGCAGUCCAUGUCCGUCUAGCCACUUGGGGACUCCUACUGGUAGUCUGGGUCUGGGAUCUUCUUUAUGGAACAUCUCAAACGCAUCUGCAUCCCCUGUAAGCAUUGAUGCUGCUGCUAAGAAAGUAUUCGAAGGCGGCGAAAAUCUGGCGACUGUUGAACAAGCUGGAAAGCGCUGA